GAUGUUCAGUGAUGCUGGUGUUUCUCAGUGCAGGUGAUUGUCAGCAGCAGCAGAGACUGUGAGGGAAUCACCGAGCACACACACGAGCUCUCUUCACUCCUCUAGUGCUCCACAGACCUUCAUUACUCCAGUCUGUCGAUGUAAGACGCGGAUGACAAAGUUGAAAUCGCAGGUGAACGAAGCGAACCGUCCAUUUGCUGAGGUUAUAAAGAAGAAGGAGGAUUAUAUCGCGUGCCAUUCUGUGAUGGCUUUAUAAUGCUGUGCUUGAGAUCUCUGGGAACAAUCGUGAGCAGAAUGCAUAGACACAUGGCAAGAGCGCCCUUCCUCGUCCUCUUCCUCAUCAUCAGCCUGAUGUGGCCCAUACAUUCAGAGAUCUCCAACUGUGUCAUCAAGCGUGAGGAGGAGAGAUGCUUGGAGCGAAUCGCGCUACAUGACCCCAAAGAUGACGAAAAGUUUGAGUGUCCGUGGGAGUGGGACAAUCUGACCUGCUGGCAGGCGGCCGCUGUUGGUGAGGUCGUGGAGGUCAACUGUCCCGAGCUCUUUGAGUUCAUGAGUCCAGAAGAGGGACCUGGCAAGAUCAGCAGAAACUGUACGGAGUUUGGUUGGUCUGAACCGUAUCCACAUUAUGUUGAUGCCUGUAUGACAGAUGACAACACAACCAAGCAUGUUGACAACUACUAUGCGUCUGUGAAGGCUCUCUAUACGGUGGGCUACAGCACGUCUCUGGUGUCUCUGACCACAGCUAUGGUCAUUCUGUGUCGGUUCAGGAAGCUUCACUGCACCCGGAACUUCAUCCACAUGAACCUGUUUGUGUCCUUCAUCCUGAGAGCCAUCUCUGUUUUCAUUAAAGAUGGGGUUUUGUAUGCAGAGGAGGACAGUGACCACUGCUUUGUUCACACUGUGGGGUGUAAGGCAGUGAUGGUCUUCUUCCAUUACUGUGUGAUGUCAAACUACUUCUGGCUCUUUAUCGAAGGUCUCUAUCUCUUCACGCUGCUGGUGGAAACCUUCUUCCCUGAGAGACGCUACUUCUACUGGUACACCAUCAUCGGCUGGGGAACGCCCACCAUUUGUGUGACCAUAUGGGCUGUUCUGCGUCUUCAUUUUGAUGAUUCUGGUUGCUGGGAUAUGAAUGAUUAUACUGCCCUCUGGUGGGUGAUCAAGGGACCUGUUGUGGCAUCAAUCAUGAUUAAUUUCGUCCUCUUCAUUGGAAUCAUCAUAAUCCUGGUGCAGAAGCUGCAGUCUCCAGACAUUGGUGGGAACGAGUCCAGUAUCUACCUCAGCUGUGCACAGAAAUGCUUCAGUGAGCCCACACAGGCCGCCCAGCAUUCGUGCAGGAUGUCAGAGCUUUCUACCAUCACGCUGCGGCUGGCGCGGUCCACCCUGCUCCUCAUCCCUCUGUUUGGAAUCCACUACACUGUGUUUGCCUUCUCCCCGGAGGAUUUCAGCAAGCGGGAGCGACUGGUGUUUGAGCUGGGCCUGGGCUCCUUCCAGGGCUUUGUGGUGGCCGUGCUGUACUGCUUUCUGAAUGGAGAGUUUCUCCCUAAAGGUGCAGUCGGAGAUAAAGAGGAAAUGGAGGAGUUGGACGGUGAACAGGUACUUUGCUGUGGACCUGAAGCAGCAGCGUCACCCUUCGCUAGCGAGCAGUGGGGUGAACGGGGGGACGCAGCUGUCCAUCCUCAGCAAGAGCAGCUCACAGAUACGCAUGUCCAGCCCACUGGCCGAGACGGUCAACCUCAACCUGCCCACCUGAGCGCCUGAUUGGCCCACUCCUCUGCCUUUCAGUCCCUAAAGCCCCGCCCUUCAACUCACCCUCUUCACCUGCAGUAGGGCCGGCCAAUCACAAUUAGAGAAGAACUAUUAAUUAUUCAUGAAUUCUCUGGAUAGUAUUUAAAGAUUCCCAACAAGAUCCAACAUUUAUCGGUUAGAAAAGAUUCAUCCAGGGAUAUAUUUAUAGUGCCAAAACUGUUUUGAGAUUAUGCUAACAAAAGUUGCAAUUCAGGUUAGGAAGCUUUUUGACCAUAACGCAACUUUUUGAAGGCUUUCUAAUUAAGAAAACAACAAUAUGAGCAUAAAAGAAUGUCAUUUUAUCACAAGGGUUGUAAGUUCUUUCUCAGUCAAUAAUAAUGCAGAGCAGGGGCUGUACGCUUCACACCGCUGCCAUAAACGCCAAAAUGAGAUCGCAGCAGAAAUUCCAGUGAAUUUUCAUAUCGCAUUAUGAGCCAUAGAGAAUGUGAAUCGUUUGUGGUUAGAAUGUAGUCAGAGAAACAUCUAUCCAUUCGUUUCUGUCAAACCAAUAGCACAUCGCUUUCUAGUUAUGAACGUCAGUGUCUAAUCGGAGAGAGAGACGGGUUACAAUUCAGUGUUAUGAUAAGAUCGAGGAAAAAAUAAUAACAUAAAGUGCCAAAACAUGACUAUUAAAGUAUUGUUUUAUCUGCAAGCUACUGUGUUUAUCAUAAACUAUAAAAGAAAAUUGUACAGACUUUGUGUUGCUCGUUCAAAUGCUGUGUAUUUGAUUAAAUGUUCACAGAGAGAUUGUAAAACAUAUUUUUUUACAAUCAGCCGUAAGUACAGAGUAUGUCAACAAUAUAAAGACUUAUGAAUGACUCAUGAAUUUAGAUUAUACGUAAAUGUUGUUAUGGUUUGUGUUUCGAUUUAGCUUUCAGACUGUAUUCUUCUUGCCAUGCGAAUGGUUUAUAGCUACACAGAGCCGAUAUAAACAAAUCAAGGAUUGUCAAAAAAUAGUUAGUGAACAAUUCCCGGAACUAUUCCCACAAUUCCCUCUGAUUUAUUCUGAAGUGCCUGUUGGUCACAAAAAUAGCUUUGAUGGAUCUAUUCUAAACAACCAGUGCCAUGCAGUAUCGAUUUAAUUAUGAGUCAUUUAGUAAAGUAGAUUAACAGAUUCAGUGUUCAGAUUGCUUUUUCAAUCUUUCAUUUAUACAGAGUAGGAAUAUAUUCAUUUAUAUGUGGUAUUAGAGUGCAUAUAUAAGCUUUGAGAUGCGCAUAUCAAUGCCAUUACGUUACUGUCAGGUGCAUUAUAAAUGCUUUUUAGGGUUGACAUGUUUAACUGUGGGAGAAAGAUGACAUCUGAGUGCAGUGUGAUCGUGCCAAAGGGGUAUUUCACCCAAAAUUGUAGAUUCUGUCAUCAUGUGUACUGACAUUCAUGUCUUUCCAAACCUGACUUUUUGAAUGUUUAUCCUCUUAGAAUGAAAACAUACAGUAUGUCUGUGUACAACUGUGCUUUUUGGUAGCUAUAUGAUUUUAUUAAAUGAGAAAAGUGUUUGAAAUGGCAUGAUGAUGAGUAAAUGAUGACAGAUUUGAAUUCUUUUUGGAUUGAACCCUUUUAAAGCUUGAGAGACCGUUAACCCCAACCCUUUACAAGUACAAUCUCUGAUGUCAAUCUAUGAAUCCAACCAAAUUUACUCCAUCACUACUGACUGACAAUCAUAAUUAGUUAUCACUCACAUUUUACAUGUCUGAUCAUGAGAACAAUGUGCAUCAAUGUACAAAGUGGCAACGCUCUCUGCUAACAGUGUUGUUUAUUUCCAGUGCAGUAUUAUUCUCUGCUGUGAAGUUCUAGAGUGUAAAUUCUCUGUGUAUGUUAAAGACGCACAUGUGCCAGUAAAUGAUGGAUGUACCAGCACUCUCUCUUUACAUUAGCCAACGAGUCAACAUGAAGUACCAACGAUGUAUGUAAAACUUCUGUGAUUAUGAACGUGCCAAUUUUGAAGUGCAAUAUGCUUUUGUUGCAGCUCAUAGUUGUCUGUGUAUUAUAUUGGAGGCAGAGUUGAGAUGAUUGAAAUGUACAGUGAAAGUAAAUGUGUAGAUCGCACAAAUCUUUCUUUUAAAUAAUGUGGAAAAUAAUGUUGUUGUUUUUUUUUCCCUCUUAGUAGUUAUUUUAAAGUUGGAGUGUGUAAUUUGUGCCACUAGAAUCAUCACCAAACGAAAGUGCAAAAAUAAUGACAGGUUUCGUACACUCUCCCCAUCUUUCAUUGGCCGGAUUAAAAAAAUAGCUCCGCCCCAAACUUGCGCCAUUGGUUGAAACACAAUUGCGGUUCUUUUAAAAGUAAUAUUUUUGGAUAUAAAAUAUGUUUUAUUCUUAUUAGAGAUGUGUAGCUGGCUUUGCUUAAAAAGUGUAAACACUGUGGCUCUUUGGUGCUAUAAAAACAUGUUUGUUUUCAGCACCACAAACAGCAACAUUAGUUCAACCAGUGGCACGAGUUUGGGGCGGGGCUGUAUGUGUUUGCCAACCAAUGGCAGACAAGGGGAGUCAUUAAAUAAAAUAUUCCAUGAGUGCUUUGUAUAGGCCUAGUUGUUUGACCUUGUCAUUUUCAGCCUGUAAAUAUUAAUGAUCUUGAACAAGCUCUCAGUGAUAGUGAACUUGUCUGUUGAAAUAAAUUGUGAAAUCCUAACAGAGUGUCAUUAACAGAGCAUCAGAUGUUGCUUGGAUCAUGUGACCAUAUGACAUAAAGCUUCAUAUGUGUUUGGAUAUAGUAACGGGAGGGCCGAGCGCCCUCUGUGGCUCUUUCUAGAUAUAACUGCAUGAAAAAGACAAAAAAAGAGAACUUUGCUGCUUUCUAUGUUCUUGACACCAGCCGUCAUUCUGAGUGUGAGCGCUCAGAAGGUAACGACCAUGUCUCAAAGCUGUUACAGACGUGUUUUCUUGUGCUUGUAAUACAUCUAUCUGCCAGUAGAUGACGCUUUUAUUUGAUUGUAUAUUUGAGCGCUGUAUAUUUGAGGAACGAGGAUUGUCUCUUGUGUGGGUCUGAUGUUUCAUUGUCUUUGAGAUGUCUUCAUGUUGUGGACUAACUCAUUUCAGUCUGAAUGUAACACCCGGACAACAACUGUAUUGUACAUUCAGCUGCUCUGUAAAGCUGCCUGCUGUUUCUUCUGCUUUGAUGUAGAGAUGAUGUCUAUGUUUGACCUGUGAACAUUUUUGUACGUGUCUGAAUUCCAUUCUUGACAAACAACUCUUGAAUUUCUGGAA